CGUAGAGGGUACGCCGUUAACUUUGCGCAUGCGCAAUGGUUCAUUUCUCACAGCCAAGAUGGCGCUAAGCAAAACUUUUGGGCAGAAGCCUCUUAAAUUUCAGCUAGAAGAAGAUGGGGAUUUUUACAUGAUUGGAUCAGAGGUAGGAAAUUAUCUGCGCAUGUUCAGGGGUUCCCUGUACAAAAGGUACCCAUCACUCUGGAGGAGACUCGCUUCGGUGGAGGAAAGAAAGAAAAUAGUAGCGUCGUCACACGAUCAUGGUUACACAACUCUAGCCACCAGUGUGACUCUGCUGAAGGCAUCUGAAGUGGAGGAGAUCUUCGAGGGCAAUGAUGAGAAGUACAAAGCCGUGUCCAUCAGCACAGAGCCCCCAGCCUAUCUCAGGGAACAGAAGGCGAAACGGAACAGCCAGUGGGUCCCCACACUUCCCAAUAGCUCACACCACCUGGAUGCUGUGCCCUGCUCCACCACCAUCAACCGCAACCGCGUGGGCCGUGACAAGAAGCGCACCUUCCCCCUCUGCUUCGAUGACCAUGACCCUGCUGUCAUCCACGAGAACGCCACCCAGCUGGAGGUCUUGGUCCCCAUCCGCCUGGACAUGGAGAUCGAUGGACAGAAGCUGAGGGACGCCUUCACGUGGAACAUGAAUGAGAAGCUCAUGACCCCGGAGAUGUUCGCCGAGAUCCUGUGCGACGACCUAGACCUGAAUCCCUUGACCUUCGUCCCCGCCAUCGCGUCGGCCAUUCGCCAGCAGAUCGAGUCCUACCCCACGGACAGCAUCCUAGAUGAGCAGACAGAUCAGAGGGUCAUCAUCAAGCUGAACAUCCAUGUGGGGAACAUCUCCCUGGUGGACCAGUUCGAGUGGGACAUGUCGGAGAAGGACAACUCGCCGGAGACAUUUGCCCUUAAGCUGUGCUCCGAGCUGGGUCUGGGCGGCGAGUUCGUCACCACCAUCGCCUACAGCAUCCGCGGCCAGCUCAGCUGGCACCAGAGGACGUACGCCUUCAGCGAGAACCCCCUCCCCACCGUGGAGAUAGCCAUCCGCAAUACAGGAGACGCCGACCAGUGGUGCCCCCUGCUGGAGACGCUGACGGACGCUGAGAUGGAGAAAAAAAUCCGAGACCAGGAUAGGAACACUAGGCGCAUGAGACGUCUUGCGAACACGGCGCCAGCCUGGUAAAAAAGAAUCAAACCGAAGCGUGAUAUUGUAUAUAAAGACUGCUAAGGGGUGCCGGAGGUGGCCCCCAGGGGCCCCCAGGGGCCCCCAGGCGCUUGCUAGGCGCCGCCCGUCAAGCUGCACCAGAGACAUCGCCCCAGACUCUGCUGAAGGCCUCGCCUGUUCCCGCUCGAGGCAGACGGACCGCCGCGGUCAUGCUGACCAGGCUCCGCCCCCCGCCCCGCCCCCUUUCCGUCGCCUUCCUCUGAGCCUGACUGCCGUCCCGCCUCGCCUCUGCGCGGAGGCUGUCAGGUGGUCGUUUCCUUUUGUAUAGCUGCUGUGGUCUGUUUUACUGAGUAAUGCCUUUUUAAAUAAAGUCUAUUUAAAAUGCCUA